AUGAAAUCGCUUAUUUGCCUCGUAAUCGCUUUUCUUCUCUUCAAUUCAUCACUCGCUUCCGAGGCCAAUCCUCCAUUUCCCAAAGCUUUUUCUGAUUUGAAGGAAUCGAUUGUGAAAGGGUUAGGGUUUACCGCAGAAGAUGAUAUCAAGAUUACGGGAUUUGAUCCGAGAGAAGCUCAGGUUGGACAUUCGGUAGAAUAUCAAUUUGAUGUUGAAAUUGAUAAUAAGGUUAUUCCGUUUAAGCUUCUUGAAGAUACCAAACGUUGGGACUAUGUUGAUCUUCCGAUUUUUCGGGCUGAGGAUCAAAACGGGUUGGUUCAGAAACGGGAUUCGGGGAAUGAAUUACCCGUUUUGGCUCCGUUUCAGCUUGCUGGACCCAUGGAGCUUUGGAUUCAGGAUGCUAAGGAUAUGAGAAUUUCUCUCCCUCAUGAUGUGGAGGCUGGGGUGUUGAAGAAAGUGGUUUUAGCCGAUGGUGCAGUGGUUACUGUGAAAGGUGCAAGAUCAGUGAGUCUUCGUCAUCCUCUUAAUUUACCUCUGCCCUUGAACCGAACACAGAAUGGUUUUGCUACUGGACUUCUCGCCUUGGCUGAGCAUCUCCGCCAUGCUUCUCUUGGCCAGACUGAUCCCCUUCUCUCACUCCGCAUUGUUGGUCCUACAUCACUUGAAGCUCCUUCCUCGGCGUCAACCUCUUCAAAUAACAGGCUGAAGCUCAAGCGUCUUGCACCUGGUCUUGUGGAGUUAUCGUCCCAAUCAAAAGGCAAGUUAAUUGACGCCCUUUCUACCGUUGAUCUCCAGGACGGAGCUCCAACUCUCCUUACUCCAACCCAGUUUACCGCAUUGUGGCCUCUUGCCUCCGUAAACGGAUCAAAUGCCAACUUGUUGGGCUUUGAGAAACUGUUAUCGUCUGUGCUCGGUCCUAAGUCUAACCAAAAGGGUUCCUUUAGGUUGUUGAAGGCGGAUGUUUCUGCUCAGACAUUUGUAAAGAUAGGAUUUCAGGCCGAGAAGAAGCUGAUAGAAGGAGAUGGGGUUAGCUUUGUGGGUUUCCCUGAAUGGAGGACUAAGCCUGAGACUGUGAAGUUGCAUUUUGAGGUGCUGGCUAAAGUUGAUGGUGAUAAAGUCAUACCUGAGAGAGUCAUGCAAGUAAACCCUGUAAUUGUGGAGGACAGUAUGGCUUUAGAUAUGUUGACUAAAAAUGGAACCUUGUCAAAGAUGCCAAUUGUUCAACCUCCCCCAAUCCCAUUUGCACUGUAA